AUAUAUAUAUAUAAAUACAUGCACAUGCAUGCAUAAUUGUAAGAAAAUAUUUAUAGAUUUUAUAUUUAUAUAUAAUACAAAUUAUAUACAAAUAUAAAAAUGUAUAUACACAUUUAUAUAUUUCUUAUAUAUAAAUGUGUAUAUAUGUAUACAUUUUGUAUAUUUAUAUAUACAAUAUAAUUAUACACAGAACACACAUAUAUAUAAUGUGAACAAAAACUUUUAUUCUGCAAACGAUUAGUCGCGAUUAAUCGUUACGCAGCCCUACAAAAAUGACACUACAUUCAAUAAGUGUUUAAAAUGUGUAGCUGUUGUGCACGAAUUUAUUGUGACAACUCUAUUGUUUUUUUAACCAGGCAGUUCAACACUGUAGUAUUUCACAUCUGUAUCAUCAGAGCAUGUUUAAAAUGUAAAAUAUAUGGAUCAUGUUAAAACGUCAAACUUUAUAUUUCGUUUAUUAUUUAGUCGAAUGUUUUAUCUUCUUGCUGAUCUGGUUUUGGUGUUACUUUUUACAUGCUGUAAAGCUACAAGUGUAGCUUUGAAUUUAUAGUUAAUGUUAUGGUUUUAAUGGUUUCAUGUUACACUGUACUACCUUUAUGGCAAUAAUCAUUAUAGGAGUAUGUUUUUAUUUCAGGCACAAUAGUAUUGCACCAAAUUGUAUUGUUAGAUGAGUUUCUCAGUACUAUUAAAGUAAAGGAAAUUAGUUGUGCGAGUUUAUUUUUGUGCUCUGGAAUGUGCUUUGCGUCGGUUGUUCAUUGAAACAUUGGGUUGCGUUCUCCUUCGCUGAAUAACCUUAACCAAGGACAUUUUACGUUCACUAAAUGCAUUCCCUGUGGAUUUGUAACCGUACUAACUUGCACUGAUUAUUGUAAAUGUUGAAGUAUUUUUAAACAUGACAAUUCAUCAUUAAAAUAUACACACAAACCUAUCGUCACUUCCAUCAUAUAAAAUAAAAAAAAUUUUAGCAAAUACUUCAUGGUAAUCCAUGUGUGUCCACUGUUGGACUUUUUGCUAGACGAAAUAAUUGUCGAAAGGUCUUUGAAAUGACUAUAAACACCAAUAGCUUAGAAUCCAGCAUUUGGAAAAAUCUAUUGCAAUCACACUGCCCGAGUAUCCAAAACAAUAAUGCUUACACCAAACAUUUCACGGAUCAAAGCUUGUUUUCCCCUCGAGCACCGGUUGAUCCAGUAAUGAUGCAAGAACAAAUAUUACACUGCUGUAAAGCCACUCAAAAGUAACGAGGUGUGGUCAAAGACCGACUUCUCCGAAUAGAUGGACGGGGCUCUAUAAAGGGUCAGUCUUUUUCCUGGAAAGCGUCGCUGCUUGUGGGAGUCUUGUGAUUUAGCUUCACAUACGGCAGUCAACGGGAAACAUUGGGAAUUACCACUACACUAAAACAACCUCAGGCAGCCAUGCCUUUGCGACCAAGAGCUGCUUCUCAACCUGGAAGAUCCAACAUCCUUCCAAGUCCCAAAGUGACUUCGGCCCUGCGUCCGAGAGCUCUGUCUUCCCAAUCCAAAUCGGCUUUGGAGGACGAGCUUUCUUGUCCGGUCUGCUGCGAGAUCUUCAGCGAUCCUGUGGUACUGAAGUGCAGCCACAGCUUUUGUCGUCUCUGCCUUCAGCACUUCUGGAACAAGAAGGCAGCCAAGCGGGAAUGUCCGGUCUGCAGGAGGAAAUGUUCCCUGACAGAACCCACAGUGAGUCUGGCUUUGAAGAACGUGUGCGAUGCCAUCUUAAAGGAGCAGAAACGACCUGCCGGAGCCGAGUCUGAUUUAGCCAACGGUGCAUCCAAACCGGAGGCUCUUUGUGCUGCUCAUGGCGAGGGACUCAAACUGUUCUGUCAGUAUGAUGAAGAGGUUCUGUGUUGCGUCUGUCAGACCUCUAAAAAACAUCAGGGUCACAGCGUUUGUCCUUUAGAAGAGGCUGCGAACGAUCUCAAGGAGGAAAUGCGACAGAUCGUCGUUCCUCUCAAGAAAAGUCUCAGACGGCUCUAUGAAGCCAAACAGGAAUGCGAUGACAUCACUGUACACAUCAAGAAUCAAAGGCAGCAGACCGAGAAACAGAUUCGUGAUGAGUUUGAGGAGCUCCGCCAGUUUCUUCUUUUGGAGGAGGCUGCACGAAUCUCUCAUCUUGCUGAAGAAGAAGAGGCCAAAAAACAGGCGAUGAAGAAAAAAGCGGAUGCCAUCACUCGUGAUAUACUUACCUUUUCUCACACGGUGGUGGCCAUUGAAAACGAGAUUGCUAAUGACAACAUUGUCUUUAUGCAGAACUACAGGAAUUUAAAGAAGAGAUCUCAGAUAACAUUUCAAGAACCAGAAAACGUCCCCGACUGUCUGAUCAACGUUGCAGAACACAUCAGCUCUCUGAAGUUCAGAGUGUGGGAGAACAUGCAGACUAUGGUGGAACACACUUUCGUGACAUUGGACCCAAACACGGCGUACCCCUGUCUGUCUCUCAGCAAGAACCUUACAAGUGUUUCUAACACAGGGACAAUGAAACAGCUUCCAGAUAACCCUGAGCGCUUCGAUCACUUUGUUUUUGUGCUAGGAUCCAAGAGUUUCACCUCAGGAUGUCAUUCCUGGGAGGUGGACGUGGGCCAGAACAAUGACUGGGUCAUAGGUGUGGCCAAAGCAUCCAUAGCCAGGAAAGGAAAAAUCUCCGGCUGUCCAGAAGGAGGAUUCUGGACCAUCGCGCUCUCAGAUGGGAAAUACACGGCAAUGACCACUCCACACACACCACUCGAGGUGAAGGGUCACCUGGAACGGGUUCGAGUGAAGAUCGACUACGGGGCUGGAGAGGUCAGCUUCUUCGACUCGGUGGACACGACACUGAUCUACACAUUUAAGGACCAUUUUACUGAGAAGAUGUUUCCUUUUUUCUGUCCGGGUGCAAAUGUUAAUGGGAACAAUCCAGGCCCGCUAAAGAUCUGUCCUGUAAGAGUGGCAGUAUGGAACAGCGCCACCUGGUGACAGAUAUCCUAGAUGAGCAAUGUUUUUGUAUUUUCACUUUAGUUAUAUAAAAAAACAGUCAAAAGUGUGGAUGCACCUGCUUAUUCUUCACUAUUGCUGUCUUAUACAUUUUAAAACUAUUUGCAGUGCCCAAAGAAUUAUUUUGUUCCUUUUUAAUUUUAUAUUUAAGCCAACUUCAUGAGAUACUGGGAUGCUUUUUAAACAGUACUGAUGGAGCUUUCAUUCAGCCCAACUCAUCCAUUUCAGACAAUCAAUAAAGUUAAAUAAGUCAAGCGAAACAAAUUGUGUUUGCACUUACAUUUAUGCAAAGUGUGAUCAAUGUUACAAAAUGUCAAACCAGAAUAAUGAGAAUUAAAAAAAAGAGUAAAUGAGAUCCUCUCUGUGAAAUAAGGCAACUGAAGCAGCCCUUUAGUGACCUUCCAGAUGUGUCUUUGUCAGCUUUACCAGGGCAUUAUUUUUCCAGUGUAGUCAAUGAAUAAACCAUUCUGUUUGUCAGUGAGACCGCUAAUGACACGCAGAAUCCC